ACCAGUCGCCGGCCGAGCUCUGGAGGAGUAGCAGCCGCCAUUUUGUGCGUGCCUGUGUUUCCCCCCACCCCCACCCCCCUUUCUGCGGGAGCGGCGGCAGCCGGGACGCCUCGUCUCUUCUGCUGGUCAGGUGAGGCGAAGUGAAGGCGUUGGGCCAGGUCGAGGGAGCUAUCGCCGGCGGCCGCCGCAGCCGUGAGGUCCCGCUGUUGGCAGCGAGCGAGGGGAAAGAAGCGGCAAGACGGAGAAAGGGGGGGAGAAACCUUCGGAGCUGCCCUCCAGCGGGAGGAGGAGUCUCGGCACCGGCGGCAGCAUGGAGAACUCGCAGCUAUGCAAGCUAUUCAUCGGCGGCCUGAACGUGCAGACCACGGAGGCCGGACUGCGGGAGCACUUCGCGGCCUAUGGUACCCUCACUGACUGCGUGGUCGUGCUCAACCCGCAGACCAAACGUUCUCGCUGCUUCGGCUUCGUCACCUACUCGGCGGUGGAGGAGGCCGACGCCGCCAUGGCCGCCUCCCCUCACGCCGUGGACGGGAACGCGGUGGAGCUGAAGCGGGCCGUGUCCCGGGAGGACUCGGCCAAACCGGGGGCCCACGCUAAGGUGAAGAAGCUCUUUGUGGGUGGCCUCAAAGGGGACGUGGGCGAAGGGGACCUGGUGCAGCACUUCAGCCAGUUCGGCCCCGUGGAGAAGGCCGAGAUCAUCGCCGACAAACAGAGCGGGAAAAAGCGCGGCUUCGGCUUCGUCUAUUUCCAGAACCACGACGCCGCCGACAAGGCGGCCGUGGUCAAGUUCCACCCCAUCCAGGGCCACCGCGUGGAGGUCAAGAAGGCCGUGCCCAAGGAGGACAUCCAGUCUGGCGGGGGAGGCGGCGGCUCCUCCAGGCCCUCCCGGGGAGGCAGAGGAGGAGGAAGGGGUCGGGGCGGCGGAUCCGGCAACCGGGACCACAACGGUUUGUCCAAAGGCGGCGGCGGUUACAAUAGCUACGGCGGCUACGGUGGAGGAGGCGGCGGCGGUGGUUACGGCUCCUACGGAGGCGGCGGAGGGGGAGGCGGCGACUACGGCAAUGGGUACGGCGGGUUCGGCACCUACAGCCAGCAUCAGGCCGCCUACGGCCCCAUGAAGAGCGGCGGAGGAGGUGGAGGAGGGGGCGGCAACUGGGGGGGCCGCAGUAACAGUGGACCGUACAGAGGAGGCUAUGGUGGGGGAGGCUACGGGGGCGGCUCUUUCUGAGCUGGAGCAUCCGUACCCAUUGGGGGUGGCGUGGAGAGCCCUCCCUUUGAUACGGGGCAGCUUCUAAAUGGUUUCUCCUCUCCUUCGCCGAAGGGCAGCUCCUUUUAAAUGCCUCCCUGCUGUGGGAGCAGCUCCUAAAGCCCCCCUGGGGGUCGCCUCUGCUGCCUGUGCCACUUCUUUCUCUCUGAAGAUGGACUGGGCCCCACAUACACAUACUUUGUGUUACAGUCAUUGAUGGACUCUAUUUUUUUAUUAUUACUUGGACCUUGGUCGUUUUUAUACUAGCAACGAAAAAAUGUCUUGUUUUAAUUUGUUGGGU